UUCAAAUAUUUUGGGAUUAAUAAAUUUUUAUUUCUAUAGUUUAUUAUAAAGACAAUUUUUAGUGACUUUAUGCUUUUCAUGCAUAUUGUAAAUAGAGCAAACUGAAGCUGAGCUAUUACUUCCCAUUACGAGAGAUGUCUGCGAAGAUAACAAUCACAUCACUGAUUGAUUUCAUUCACAAUAAUGCAUUGAGUUUAAGAGUGUUGGAUUAGCCAUCUGGCGGCUUAUAGAAGGAACGGCAAGUGCAGCGAAGAAGUGGCUAAGGCGAAGUAAAAAUGGAGUGUCGAAAAAUUAAUAAUGGCGACGACGUCUUGUAAAUAUAAAAGAAAUUGAAGAAAAGCAAUUUCUACGGUGUGAAUUAAUCGAAUUUCGUGUAAAAAAAUAUAAACUAAAACAAAGGUGCGCUUUGCGCAUUAAAAAAUGUUUUAUUCUCUAUGAGCAGCGCUUCCAAAGCAUAGUAUAUAAAGUGGAAAUCGAACGGUGCACCAAGUGAUUUAUGCAUGAAUGCGAGAGUGAGAGAGUGAAUAGGAAAGAGUGAGCAAGAAGUAGAUAUCAAUCGAAAAGACGAAUAGCGAAGAACAUAAACGCAGUGCAAGGCAUCAAAGUAUAUAAUGUAAAUUCAAAAGGUCAACAAAAGACUAACAAUUUUGAAUUAUACCAUUUGAUGGAUACAACGUAUUUGAGACUUUCGAAAAAUGUAAACCCAUUAGAUAUUUUCCAAAGUGCAAGGAGAUCUUGAAAAACAAAAGAAAAUAUACACAAAAUACACACUGCGAAAACUGAUGCACAAUAAAGACGAAAACUCAUUCUAAAAGAAGGCGAUAAAUCGGUACUAAGAACAAUUUAACCAAUAACAAUAAUAUAUACAUUAUCCGAUUAGCUGCAAUACCCAGUCUAACUGAGAUCAGAUUAAAGUGUUAUCUGUAACUUACCGAAAAUCGCAACGUGAAUGUUAAUAUAUACGCGCAAAUAGUAAUAUCAAAGACAAUAUCAUAACCAACAUACAUCGUACCAUUUCUAUGGUCAUUAGUCAGCGGCAUUAUUGCCUUGCUACAACUUGGUAAACACUAACGCUCUUCUUGAAUAGUUCAAGUGGGCGGGACGUGUUAAAAGUAAAACUGUAGCUUUGUUGGAGCAGUUUUAAAAAUUCAUCAAAGUGGCGCGCUACGGGCACGGACAAGAAGCAGCGUCUCGCUCCAUGUUUUCCCGACGCUUGCGACGACGUGUACGAGACUUAACGCCCCGCCACUAUCGUACGUGCAUACGUAAAGUGGCUAAAAUUCCGAAUCCCAACGCAAAAAUAUUAACACAUACAUUAUCAAUAAAAGUGGGGACCAGUGUACAACCUGUGCCACAUGCUCAUUACCAGCAAAAACUGAAGCAACAGCAAAGACAGCAUUUGGUUAGCCACUUAAGGAUUUAAGCAUGUAGUCUAAUACUAAAAAUUAUACAUAUAUACAAGUGCAAAAGAGAACACUUUCAAAGAUAUAGUAGUGUUUACCCAAUCACAAUAAAAUCCAGCAACUAUACGUUAGUGCAUAAAGCAAUCAAAAAUUAAAAAUAUAAACAGCACCAUUUACUAGGAGUCACCAAACCAAAUAGAAAAUCACAACAAAAUAAUUUAAUGUUGUGCCCAAAAACACAUCAAUUAAAGCGGUGUAAAAAGUGACAAUUUAAUUACUAGUUUUAUUCUCCUAAAAUACGUAAAACGUUGAGUAAUUUGUUCUUUUCUUGAGUUCACUUGAGCGAAUAGAAAUCAACUGUUACCAAUGAAAGAUGUCACAAAGAGGUAAACGCGGUAAUCAUCAACAUCAUCAAAGACUCGACGUUGAUCCACAACCUCCGCCAACGAAGCGACGCAAAGGUCGGCCGCCCAAUGGAGGUGGAGUAAGCAAUGGCAGUGGGAGUGCCGGAAGUGGCGGAGGCGGUGUAGGAAGUGGGCUCAAUGGCAGUGGUGGUGGCGGUGGCGGAAAUGGUGGCAGCCAUAGUGGCAGCGUAGUAGGUAGUGUACCUCUAAGUUUACCAUUUACCGCCUCUUCUUCAAUAAGCAAUAGCAAUGCUGAAAAUGAGCAAAACUGCGUAGUCGCUUUGAUACCCGACGAAAUGGCGGCAUUAGCCUCCACAAGUGCUAAGGUUGCGGCCAGCCAGGGUUCUUCGUCCUCGGCGGCAGCGUGGCAACCGCGUUCAGUGGCAGAUAUUAAAAUUUCAAGUAUUUACAAUCGAAGCUCAACGGAGGCACCAGCCGAACUCUAUCGUAAGGAUCUCAUUAGUGCAAUGAAAUUGCCGGAUUCAGAGCCUUUGGCUAAUUACGAGUAUCUCGUUGUAAACGAUCAGUGGAAGCAAGAGUGGGAAAAGGGUGUGCAGGUGCCUGUAAAUCCCGAUUCUUUGCCAGAGCCCACCGUUUACGUGCUGCCAGAACCAAUAGUGCCGCCUGCGCAUGACUUUAAACUUCCCAAAAAUCGCUUCCUGCGCAUUACGAAAGACGAUACGUACUCGAGUGAGUUACAUUGUCUUACAAAUGUGGUUGCGCAAGCAGAGAAUACAUGUGCCUACGACAUUGAUCCGGUCGAUGAAGCUUGGCUCCUAUUACUCAACUCCGAUCGAGCGCAAUACGGUGCUUAUUCCAUAACGGAAACACAAUUUGAACGCGUUAUCGAAGAAUUAGAGAUACGAUGUUGGGAGCAAAUACAGGUAAUCCUGAAAAAUGAGGAAGGUCUUGGCAUCGAAUAUGAUGAAAACGUUAUAUGUGACGUAUGCAGAUCUCCCGACUCUGAGGAAGCGAAUGAAAUGGUAUUCUGUGAUAAAUGCAAUAUUUGCGUACAUCAGGCAUGUUAUGGUAUUACAGCGAUUCCAUCAGGACAAUGGCAUUGUCGGACAUGUUCAAUGGGUAUUACACCGGAUUGUGUACUCUGUCCGAAUAAGGGCGGUGCAAUGAAAUCGACAAAAUCCGGAAAACAUUGGGCGCAUGUUUCCUGUGCGCUGUGGAUACCUGAAGUAAGCAUUGGUUGUGUAGAUCGCAUGGAACCAAUUACGAAGAUUUCGAGCAUUCCCUCGAGUCGUUGGGCACUUGUUUGCAUUUUGUGUCGAGCACGUGUCGGUGCUUGCAUACAAUGUUCGGUGAAAACAUGUAAAACCGCUUAUCACGUGACAUGCGCUUUUCAACAUGGCCUUGAGAUGCGAGCAAUUAUUGAGGAGGGUAACGCGGAGGAUGGUGUUAAACUGCGUUCAUAUUGCCAAAAGCAUAGUGUUAGUAAAGGGAAGAAGGAAGGUAGUGGUGCCCACAGUAGUAGCACAAAUAAACAUAACAGUACACAUGGUGCAGCUAAUGAUGAGGACGAUUGCCGGCGGCGCAAAAGUCGAAAAUCUGAUAUGACAUCGGAGGAACGCAAUCAAGCGCGAGCUCAACGCCUACAGGAAGUCGAGGCGGAGUUCGAUAAACAUGUCAACAUUAAGGACAUCAGUUGCCAUUUGUUCGAUGUGGAUGAUGAUGCCAUUGAAUCGAUUUACAAUUACUGGAAGUUGAAAAGAAAAUCGCGGCACAAUCGUGCUCUGAUUCCACCCAAGUCGGAGGACGUUGAAAUGAUAGCGCGCAAACAGGAACAACAGGAUCUCGAGAAUCACAAGUUGGUCGUACAUUUACGUCAGGAUUUGGAGCGUGUAAGGAAUCUUUGUUAUAUGGUUAGUAGGCGGGAAAAGCUGUCACGAUCGCUUUUCAAGCUGCGCGAACAGGUAUUUUACAAGCAAAUUUCAGUGCUUAGCGAUGAUAAUUUGCGGGAAGUUGGUAGUGGUGUUUCCAAUGUGCCCAAUGCGGCGAUUGAGGCUAACUUAGAUGAUAGCUUCAAAAAUGCCGUUAUUUACGCGAAUGACGGUCCAACGCUGUACGAUAGGUUUUACUCAUCGAAUAGCGGUGAAAGUAUUCCAGCACAAUAUCAAAAUAUUAACUUCAUUUUAGAGAAGCUUUUAGGUAAUGUGAAAGGAAAUAAAGGUACAGGGAGAGGUGCUGGUGCUGGUGCGCGCACAUCAACAUCGCCCACAAAACGAAAAAAUACACAUUCUUCUUCUUCUGGAACGGCAAUUACUAAUGCCAAUACGAGUGCACAUUCGGCCAGUUCGAGUGCGAAUGUCUCGAGCUCUGGCAACACAAGUAGCAAUAGUAAUAAAAUCUCGCCAAAUAAGAAGUUAAACAAUGGUGCAAUAGCAAUAGCACAAGCGAGCGGUUCUUUGGUUGCACCGUCGUCGACGUCAGUGCCAGCGGGAACAGGAACGAGUAGUGAAAAACAGAUCAAUUCUAGUCGCCGCAGUUCAACUGGUGCAGCUGGUAGUUGUGCCGCAGUCUCAACAGUUUCGGAGAAAAGUCGGCUGUCUGCUUCUAAAAGUAACGCAAUUAAUAGUAAUGUUUCGAAUAAUCGAUCGACGGCAGCAGAAUCGCGUUCACGUGGUUCGAAAAGCGCUAACAGUGGUGAGAAGAGAUCCACAGCUAAAAGCUCGACAAAACGCACGCAUGACAGCAGCCAGUCGUCAAAUAACAAUUCGUCAGGGAGUUCAACCUCCGGUGAUGAUGACUCGUCAUCGGAGGAAGAUGGAACGUCAACCGAUUCGGGCAGUUCUGGUUCCGAUGAUGAAUCAGACUCGGGCUCCUGCACAUCUGCAUCGACAUCAAGUGUCGGCAGUGGUGCGCAAGCCGCAAGAGCAACCGCAACAGCAGCAGCUCGAAAACUAUCAACUGCAAAAGCCGGAAGCGCAACACAUGCCAUUGCGACAGCUUCAAAUCAAAAUCAAAAGAAGCAAAGUUAUGUGCGCUCUGCGGAAUUGCGACAGAAGCAACGGAGAAAAAGUGUUAGCAAUAACAUCGCCGCCACAGGAACGGGACGAGGCGAUACUUCAGCGCCAACAGUGCUGUCCAGCUCUAGUGAUGACGAAACAGAUAAUCGAACAGUACCUGCCAACAAACAUCAACACCAACAACAGCAACAACAAUCUAAGUCAACAAAACAAAAUAAUAUUAGUCCGAAGAAAUCUACAAGCCUCAGCACAACAACUACACCGUCAACCACUGCGCCAACAACAGGAGCACCGGCUCCGGUCGCAGCGAAUCGUGGACGAGAUUUCCUAUCCCAGAUGGCCAAACAGUUGCAACAACAAAAGGGCUCUGAGAGUACAUCCAGCGACGAAAGUGAGGAAUUGUUGCCACUAAAGGGGGCUGCUGAUAGAAAUACAAACGGAACGAGUGGACCGAUAUCCACAAAUUCUGGCCCAAUAUCGACAUUGAUGGGUCGUACGGCGUCAAUCGUUCAACAAAUAUACUCAGAUUCAGAGAGCCUCUCUGGUGGAGAAGUCGAUAAGGACGAACGGGCUAUGGAGAGUAAUGUAAGCGAUUCGCAAAACCAACAAACUAUACGCACGAAGGCAGCACUUAAGGAAUUCACGUUGCAACAACAACAACAGUCAUCCACAGCCUUAAGCAAUCGCGGUAAGAAAGAGCCAGUGUCAAAGAGUCAGAACACACAAAGAACACUUGAGCGGAAGACGGAUCAAAAACAACCGUCAGGCGGGUUAAAUAAAUCAUCUGCUGAUGUGCAAAGUCGAGGUAAAAAGACCAGCGCGGCGGCGAUCGAACGGCAAAAUAAGAUAACGGCGGACUUAUUGGUUGUACCGCAGCGACAGGCGGCGAAAAAGGCGUCAGAAAAUAUGCGUUCCACAGGAAUUUACACGACUUCUACUGGAGCAGCAGUUGGUACGAUGAACACGUUAGCAAUCGCAGAACGUGAUACAACCGAAAAGGCCAAAGAACAGCGUUCAGACAAAGAAAGUGAGAGGGUGAAAGGAAAGGAAGCUGGCAUGAAAAACGACGCUGAUAAGUCUGACAAAACGCGUGCCAAAGAUAAAAUUGUUAGCGCUAGUGUGGGUAAGGUUGCUGAAACCGAUUCUAAAGAAAAAGAAAAGGAAAACAGUAAAGAUAAAGAAAGAGAGCGAACUGGAAAGCGUGGUCGACCACCGAAGAUAAAAGGCGACACUGAAUCCGUUACCGUUCCAGCAUCAGCGCAGAAAGACAGCAAAGAUAGCGAACAAGCUUCCAAAAAUGAGUAUAACUCACCGAGUCGAGGUCGAAAGGAUGAAAAGAAUGCCAGUAAAACGGUCGAUGUUCAAAACGCUAAAUCCACAACCUCAGUUACAGAGAGAAGUUCACGUCUUUCUAUCGAUCAGCCGACAGUUGAUGCUGUGAAAUCUAGUGCUCCAACGACACCUAAAAAAAAUGAUCUGAAGGCGAAUAACAUUCUCGUAGCCUAUGUGCCCCAGAGACAAGCUGCUAAAAAGGCUGCUGAGCAACUUAAAAGCAGUGGUAAACUUCCUGCCCUAAAUGAAGCUAUACCUGAGGAGAAAGAGCGCUUAGAACGCAACGAGAAGGAAAGUAAAUUGAGAACACCCGACGGUCGAAGUACCCGCAUGCCGCCCAUGCGACGAAUGUCUGUGCGGGAGAGCACGUCUCUUACUACGAAAGAUACGGUAACACCUGCUGUCAAGACUCCCACAAGUAGUAGGCGUCGCUCCAAGGAUACGUCUGUGGAAAUAUCGUCACAACAACAGCAAACUCCUACCAAGAAGUCAACUGUGGCAGUAGCGUUGUCAGAAUCCUCAAGUUCUGGUUCAGACGGUAGCACUAGUUCAUCCUCUUCGGAUGGUAGCAGUGACAGCGGAAGCAGCAGUGACACCAGUGACGCUGAAAGUGAAGUUGCUGAGGAGGAAGAACGACAAACUCGCGCAACCGCCGCCAAUAAACGAUCACCUCGUAAAUCAAUCGACAAGCCACCUGCAGUGGGUCGACAGAAUUCAUCUUCGAAUAAUAAUACUACCGCUGUGACGAAUACGACCAAAUCGCCCAAGAGUUCUCCACAAAAGCAGUUGCGACGCAAUAUCAGCAACACAAGUAGCAGCAGUGGUAUUGCCGUUACUGUUGAAGAGUCGGCAGCGGAAAUUAAACAGCCGAAAUUGACCAAACGUAAAUUAUCCGUGGACGAAAAGACAAAGAAACCGUCGGCCAAGCAAGGUUCAACAGAUGCGGCUAUUGUUGUGGAUGAUGAAGAGGAAGGUACUGUUUCGGCUCAACUCAAUUCAAGGUGUACUCGUGCAAUGCGUCGCUCGAAGUCAGGACCAUCGUCGCCCCCUCAUCCGUCGCAGUUAACGUCUGAUACAGAUAAAAAGGUAGAGCAAAAGAUGCAAUCAAAGUCACCGAAGGCAAUACCAUUGGCACACUCAAUAUCCUCAACUUCUGAUCGCAUAUCCGAGAGUGAGAGUGAAAAGAGCAAAACUGUUUUAACUUUAACCGAGGAAAUCUCACAGCGUAAGGCCUCAAACAGCAAUUCAAAUAGCUCAAACUCUACGAGUCAGCAGGGAAAUACUAAAAAUCAGAAUAAGAAUCAAGGUUCGUUGGACAAACUGUUAAAUAAAUUGGAGCAAGAAGCAAGCAGAAGUUCCAUGAUCGGUGCAAUCGACACUGGUGCUACGCUGCCAGCGUCACUCUUACCAACAAAUAUUGUGGACGAAAAACUAGAUGCCAAAGAGAGAACGUCAACUAAAACCCCAACGCCUAUUGUUGAUGCGACACCCACAAUUCCACCAGAACCUCCGAAGAUUAUUAUUGAUACGAAAAAUGAAAGCGGUGAAGUACCAAUGGAUAUUGAUGAAGAGUUAACUACGGCUCCAACGCAUACGACGCUACCAUCGAGUAAGAUUUGUGACUUGGAGGAUAUCGAUGAACGGCCGCCAGCUGCACCUAUGCCUGCGUCCCCACCAUCGCCAGCAACGUCGGUAUCGGAUGAUGAACUCUCGAAUGCAUCGGAUGAACGCGGUCGUAGACGGCGACGUCUACAUAGAAGACAUCGACGUACCCGACCUGGAAGUCCGCCACUAUCACCGGAAGAAGAACAUACACAUCACACUCAACACCUACUCAAUGAAAUGGAGCUGUUGCGGGAACUUGAAGAGGAACGUAAAAUGGCGGCUAAUGCCAGUAAAUACUCAGCGUCAUCCUCAUCGCCGGCAGUGGCAGUUAUACCGCCCGAACCGCCAGAAAUUAUUGAGUUGGAUUCGAAUUCGAACUCAACUGGUAGUGAACGACUCAAACAACAACAGCAACAACCAUCACAAAAUAUUCACCAAGAAAAACAGCCGACACAACAACAAGAUAUGACUGGGAAAAUUGCACAAACAACAUCGGUACCACAAACACCAGCCUCACCUUCGUCCUCACCUGCCCUGGUGGUCGACAUAUCUGGCGGAACGCCGAUACGAAAAUCAAAUAUCGACGGCAACAUUAGCAUACCGCCAACACCUCUUAACAUUUCAUUACAAGAAUCUCAGAACAAUUGUGACGAUAAUUCCCAGGGCACCACGAACAUUACCGAGAUGAAUAGCAGUAAUAGCCGACAUCAACCGAUUGUGGAUACGAUACUCGAUAUGGAAGAUAAUGUACAUCAAAAGCAGAGACAACAACAGCAUAACGCAUUUGCGAAUGCUUUGAUGAGUGCAGCUUCCUCAUUCACUGCAAAUGUGAGCGCUGAUUCGGUACUGGAUGAGCCGGCUGACAGUCUUAGCCUUUUGGGGCCAUCAACUAAAGAACUAACGGAGGAAGAUAGUUUUCUUGCAACUCGCAAUUUGGUUGAGAAGCUGCGUAAAAAGCGCAUACGCACUGAUGAGCCUAAGGAAGCCGACUUACUGAAGCCACCUCCCACACCAGCCAUACCAUCAGUAUUUCCAUUCCAUAAUGCUGCCGAUCCCGAAGACAUUAUACAUGUGCAAAAGGAAAAUGCAGCGGCAGCAGCAGCCGCAGCAGCAACGGCGGCAGCAGAUGUAAGCAGUUGUCUCUUCGCCCCGCAUGGUAGCAAAGCCAACAGUGGAUCGUUGUUGCCACGUGAGCAGCCAAAUAUUAAUGAGGUGAAAGAUGGCAAUGCCUUGGGUGCACCACCUGUCACAUUGACACCAAAUUCCAAUGCAUACAACCGAACACCGCAUUCUGUGACCACCACACCAAAUGCAACACCGAACUCGAAUGCUGCAAUGGGUGCCAUGAAUGUUGUUGCUGGCACUAAUUUGCCGAACACUAACAACAGCAAUAAUAAUCUCGGAGCACUAACAUUCCCCGAGCCGGUAGUGGGUUUCAUGGAGAAAACCGUGGCGUCCGAUAUAUGCAAUGUGUCAAUUUCACCGUUACAACAACAGCAAUCGCAGCAGCAGCAGCAAAGUCAACAACAUGCUGGCAGCUAUGGGCAGUCACAACAAACACAGCCACAGCCACCGGAUGUGGCAGAGAUAACAUCGUUCCUCGAAAAGGAACUCGCUAACAAUGCAAAUCUCAAGGCUGGAGCUGAAAGUUGUUUCAACAAAAUGCCAAAUCCUUCGGGUGGAAAUGUUAAUGCGGUGCCUGGAGCGCCAGAUUUUGUCGAUUUGCAUGCCGCUGCAACUGCCAAGGACAAUAUUGACUUUACCGGCUCUAACCGAGGUGUUGGUAACAAUAACAAGUUGGUGGUUGAUUGUGAUUAUGAUGAGAACACCCGGAUGCAAUCGCCGUACGCGUUGCGUGCUACUCGUCUAUGGAAUGAGAAUGAAAUGAUCGCGGCGCGACGCUCCUCAUCGCCAAGUUCGGUAUCGGAAUCGAAUGAUCAAACAAGCGCCAUGGAAAUGCAACAACAACAACAACAACAUCAACAGCUACAGCAUCAGCAACAGCAAAAGCAAAACCUACAGCACCUGCAUCAAGUGAGCCAUGCUAUGCAACAACAACAACAACCACCGCCUCAUUUACAAUCGAAGGAUUUGGUGGGUAACAACUCGCUUAACACUCAGGGAGCGGGCUUGCAACAGGCAGCGGUAGCACAAAACUGUAAUAAGGGCUACUUCAAUAGAGUCGACAGUUACGAUAUCCCGUUUACGCAUACCCAACCUCAACCGUCGCAACAGCAGUCGCCUUUGGUCAAUGGCAUCGAUUCGAUAAUGCGUUAUAAUCAAGGUUAUAAUCAACAGCAAACAACACCGACGCACACGCCCCAGCAACCACAAAGUCAGACUACACCCAAUCAAGGUAAUAGCCAGUAUAACGGCGGAUCUGUCAGUCUUUUUCACAAUACUCCUGCAGCUAUGCCGGUUAUGAAUCAGAUGCCUUUUGUGCCCAAUUCUUCCGUCGGUGCUAUGUAUCCAACGUCGACAAGUAUGAGCGGCAAUGUUGCGAUGACAACUACUACAGCUCAGCAACAACCGUCUAAUGACGUUGGCCUGUACGGUAUGCGCAGUAAUGAUCCCAACACAACAGUUCCAAACGCCGCCAUGGCUGGCACAGCGACGCAAACUCAAUACGGUGGCGCGGCAUUCACAUCAUCUUCGCAUAACUUGGCGCUAACAGCGGCCAUAGUGGGCACACCAGGUGGCCCAUCACUUUUGGAUCAUCAUUCCCCACACCAUCAUCAACAUGCCAUGCAUGCCCAACAAUCAGCGGUGACACAACAGCAACCGCAAACUGCACAGUAUGGCAUGAGUGUGGCGUCGGAUAACGCCGCAGCGCCUGGGUUGUACAAUCAAAUGAUGAACACCUGUGCCGAAGCCAUAAUGCCGGUGCCGCCUUCUAAUCAACACCAACAACAACAGCAACAGGCGCAAACGCCGCAAAACACCUCACCCACAAAGGAGUCGCCGUCUAAGCGUUCAUCUUCACGUUACAAUCAGCAACAACAACAAACGCCACGCAAUUCGCACAAGUCGCCGCAAAUUCAGCACAAAUCCCCUGGCAAAUCGCCACGCCAAAUGGAAUUGCUUAGUAAGCAAUUACAAAUGCACCAGCAGCAACAGCAACAGCAGCAACAACAACAGACUCAACAACAGCAACAAGCGCUGACUGAAUACACAAACAUUCCACAGAAGCCGCCACCGCCGCCACCUAAAUACGAUCCAUUGACGCAUACGUUGGCGGGCAAACCACGUCAGCGUGCGCCACGUGGUACCGGCGCUGGUUCGCGCGGUCGUGGGCGUGGUCGUGGUCGAGGACGUGGCAGUAGCGCCGCUAACGCGGUCAUACCGCUGCCCCCGCAGAUACAGCACGAUGGCAAUACUCAUUAUGUGAACAAUUUGGUCGGUACGCCAUUCGAAUUCAAUUAUGAUGAGGAUUUGACAGCACCGGGUGUCGAGAACUUGCAGUCGCUGCGCGAUCGUCGACGUUCAUUUGACGCUCGUUGUAAUCAACAGGCGGCAUUGCCUCAUCCACACCAACAGACUACGCCCGAUGCGCAAAAGUACACCAGUCCAUCGGCGUAUGGCAGUUGCAAAGUUCGCGGUGCUGGCGCCGGCGUAACAAACUCUGCCACCGCCAGUGGUAUGGUGAACUGCAAUAAUAGUGGUAGUGCCAGUCGUGGCACAUCGCAUUUAGCUGACGCGCUUAAAGCGAACAAUGCUAGCAGUUGUGAUCACUCCAGUACACAGCAAUCACUUUUACAUUCCAUUGUACAGCCUGUGCUGCCGGGUCCGGUGGACAUGCGUACUUACAAUGUUUACGAGGCAUCCGCAUCACAAGAAACGUACAACAAUAAUUUGUUGAGCGACUUCGAUUCUGGAGCUGCCGAACAAACGCUUCCCGAGUUCGAUGAGGAGGAUGAAAAGGAAUUCCAAUCGGCGUUGCGUGCAACUGGUUCAACCAUCUCCACCAAGCAAUUAACACCAGCAGCAAGCGGCAAUACCACGACAGCAGGCAGCAUCAGCGGCAACGUUGGUACGACGCCGUCAAGUCUAAUUGGAAACACGAGCACUGUGUCUGUGUUGAAUAAUGUAAACGCUACUGGCAGUGGUCUCUCUAACACCAGUGCAUCCUCCGUCAUUCCGGACCUUAUAAUGCCGGCUGACUUGCAGACGUCAAUGGAGACUACCUCCGAAGAGGUAUCUAUUGAUUCGGAUACAACGCUCACAACAAAGGCUUCACUCUCCGAUUCGCACAACCAGCUUAAAUUGAAAAUCAAGGGACCACUCGCAUGUCCUGACGGCAGCUACAGCUACAAUUCAUCAAGUACAUCGAUAAGUGUGCACACGACCAAUAUGACACAGGCCGCUGCGGGAAUUGUACAAACGUCCGUAUCGAUUCAUAGCCAAAUUACGGCCGGUGUGGUUAGUGGUGCGUCAGCAAGUGGUGGUGGCAAUAGCAGCAGCAGUGGCAUGAACUCUCGACGCAUGCGUAAAAAGGAAUUGCUCAGUCUGUAUGUGGUGCAAAAAGACACCAAUAUGGAUGAUUCAUCUGGCGGACUGCCGCCGACCGACGUGGGCUUAACCAAUACCGUUGAUAGUUUACGCAAGGGCGAUGGCUUGGGUGGAACGCUUGAUGAAUAUGGCAGUGAGUUGGGCUUGCAAGGAAGUUCGAAACGUUCUAAGAAAAAUGCAGGACGCGAACUACGGUCAAUGGAUACAGUUAAUGAUUUGAAUGAUGGCAGCACAGUUUUAGGUAAUGAUGGACGCCGGCGAAGCGCUUGUUCAUCAGGCAGUACCGAUGAGCGCGGUGGAAAAACUGGAGCCGCAUCGAGUGCUGGCAAGCGACGUGGGCGUAGCAAAACGCUUGAGGGCUCGGAAGAUGAGCCUCAGCCGAAACUAAAGAUCAAGAUUCGUGGCUUAGCCGAUGGAAGUGCGAGUGCUACGGCGAUUAGUGGCAAUUCUACGUACGAUAACAGCUAUCAAUAUGACAUGUCGCGCCGAAUGGUUAGCUGUCCGCCUAAGAAACGUUUGACUUCGAAUUACACCCCGCCCACGUUAGAGGAUUAUCGCCGCGAGUCGAUGAACUAUCGUAAAAUGGUUAUGCAAGACUUCGGCGAAGACGAUGAAGAGCGCACACGCCGCGGUGCUAGUAGUAGCCUAUUAGAUACCUCUGUAUUGCCACCUUCUAAAAAACCAAAGUCUUCCAAACCGAAGAAGGAGAAAAAAGAGAAGAAACGCAAUAAGGAGAAACAAAACCCUGCAGCGUCUGGAAUGGGCGAUAUGAAUAUGGCAGCGACUGUUGUUGAGAAUAUGGCUAGCGCGUCGCCGGGCGAACCACCAAAGCUGAUUAUACGCAUAGGUAAACGGAAAGCAGAUGUGCCGGAGUUUUCAGAACGAUCCACCUCCGCUGAAGCAGCGUCCACACCACCGAUUAACGCGGCGCCAAUACGUUUGAAGUUGGCGAGAGCUUCUGACGGUGGUGGCUAUGUCAUUGGGAACAAAAAGAAAAAGGAAAAGCGUACACCCACAACGACAACUUCCACUCCAACAAUUACACCCGCUUCAACACCAGGUGGCCACACCAACAUCAACCCAUUGCCACCGGCAACAUUAUCGUCUGCUCACACCACGCCAACAACAAAAACCAUUAGCGAUUUCACCGGUGAAGACUCAGCAAAUUACAACUGCAAUAUUAGCGGCGAUCGCGCAACACCGAAUGCCGUCGAUGUGCUCAAUAAUUUUGGCACUGUCAACGUUGCCGGCGGCAUUAGUAAUCGCGAAGCAACCGAUCCGCUUUCGUCGACGCCGAAAGAAGCGAGCACACCGUCCCCGCGUCUGGUCAUCGACACGUGUAAGGGUGUUGAUGUGCACGACUCCAACACGGCGAGUUCUCUGGCCGAAGCCAUGUCGAUAAGCACAGGCAUGGGAGGCGAUAUCGGUACUAUGAGUAGCGCUUUUGCACCCAUAGCACCACUCACCGUUAACUGCAAUGAGCAUAGUAGUGGCAACAGUAACAGCAACAGUCAUAGCCAUAGUGCCAGCAGUAGCAGUAGUGGUGCUAGCGCCAGUAGUAUAAGCGGUGGUAGUCUAAAUAGCAGCCACAAUACAGCUAAUAAUGCUAACAACAACAAUAGCAGCAGCAAUAGUCACAACAACAAUAAUAAUAAUAACAACAACAAUAACAACAGUAAUAGUGGUUUACUUCCAUUGAACAAAGACUGCGAAGUCAGAUGAUAAUCACGAAAUUGGUCCCCACUCAAACAACAUCAGCGGUUUUAGUGGGCGCCAUUAGUAAUAUAUAUAUAUAUAUAGAGAUAUAUGUAGUUAGUUAGUAAACGAACAGAAAGUGGGCGCAUGUGCAAAGGAAUAAAUAAGGCUAAACAUAGAGCAGAAAACUCGCUCCCAGUGUAGCGAAACGUACAGAUUGAGUGUUGGAGCUUAAUUCUUUUAAUAUUUAUAAUUAAACAGUUUUCUUUAGUAUGUUUUUUAGGAAAAAAAAGUGUAUAAUAUGUCAGAAUUUUAUCAAAAGAACAAUAAGAAUCACAGCCAAACAUCAUUUUAUUUUAUAAAUUUUAUUUGGAAAAAAUUACAAAAAAAAAAAAGAAAAACAAACGCAUUUUAACGUGUAUUAACCUUUUAACUACUUGAUUGGGACACAGACAGGCAGACAAACACACACACACACCACUCCCUCGCGGCCAUGUUGUUCUUCAUUAAAUGUGCACAGCAAGUCAAAAAUCGCUUGGUUUCACGCAUAUACAUGCAUAUAUAAAUGCUUUAAAAUGAAAUUUUAAUUCGUAAAAUAGAUACUAUUUACUAUUAAACAUUAUGUAUAUUUUUAGGUUGAAUUAUUUUAUUAGCAAAAAUUAUUUUUAUAUUUAUUGAAACAAUUAGAUUACAUAAGCAAGCGCGUGUAAGCUCGAUUAUGUGAUGAGCGUAAAUUUUCUUUGUAUUGAAAUGUUCCGUGACAUGAUAUUCCGCAAGAAGAAACAUUGUACAUUACAACUUGUAUAUUAUGUUCAUAUUUUGUUAUAAAUAAUUUUAUUUAAAGUCGCAACAUUUAGUUAUAUGAUGAUUUUACUCGCCGAUAACUAAGUCCUUUAACUCAAACAAAAAUCAAAUUUAAUUAAAAUAAAAAAAAUUGUUUUUUUUUUUUUUUAAUAUUUGUGAGAAUUUCUAUGAACAAAAAUUGCCUUUCUCGAUUUGUACAUUUCCUUGCUUAAAUAUAUGUAUGUAAUAAAUGCGUUUUUUUUUGGUGAACUUAUUUCGAGAAAUGUUUGUAUGUAUGUUAAUAAGUCGCAUUGCAGCAACAUUAGAUUAGACUGAAAAAUUGACUUGUUUGACUGAGGCGGCAUAACAUAUGAUCACACACACACACAGAAACCCACACACAUAUAUUGUGUCCAAUGCAGGUUCUACAUAGUUUUAGUUUAUUCUAAUUUCCUUUGUGAUAAACAUCAUACUGAGCGAUCGAUGUCCACAGUUUGGUUUCGCAUGUUUAGUGUGUUGGCACAACCACUAAUACACGCUACACCAACGAUUUUUUAGAAUAAAAAAAUUUUAAAUACCAUUUGUAUAUUUUGGGUCCUAAACUAAUGCUCCAAAUUUUAAACUAAAUGACACUUAACACUUAAAUGCGUCGUUGUAAUAUACACACACAUAGACAUACAUACAUACAACACAACAUAUAAAAUAUUUGUAAAAUAUUAUAAAUAUAAUUAGAGAAAAAAAAAAACAAAAACAAAAGAAAAAACAUUGUUAAACAAAAGUCGCCGUCGUAUUAGUUUAGAACAAAGGAAGGAGCCCUUAGCAGUUAGAAAAUAUAUAAAAAAAAAAUAAAAAAUAAAAUAAAAUAAUAAUAAAUUAAACGAAAAGAAAAACAACUUAGUCCUUACAGUGCGUAUGUUUGUAUGAUGUGUGUACACACCAACCAAUUUGUAGAUAUGUAAGGCAUGAGUUUAGCGUGGCAACAUUAGUAUGUUUUUAUUUGUACUUUUCAAUUACUAAAUUUUUAAUUUGUUUUAGAUGCAUAAGUAAAAAAUAAUAACAAUUAUUAUUAUAUAUAAAGAGUAUAUAUAAUAUGAAAAAUACUUAUAACUGGCAAAAUAAGUAAUUAAAAAUUAAAUAAAAUUAAAAAUAAAACGCAAAUACACACAUACAUUACAUGAAAACUUAGUAUAAUUGAAACAAAAACAAAAACGAAAAAAAAACUAAAUCAAAUAAGUGGAAAGUUAAUGUUAAUACAGUUGAGAAUUAAAUAAUAAAAUGCCAAAAAACCCGCAGUAAACUGAAAUAAAUA